UCAGAUGUGCAGUAUCAUCCUUUCGUUUUGCAAUGGAAGAUGGCGAGAGAGAUGGCCAAAUGGCCUCGCCGGAUGAUUCACCGAACUCCUCCCCUCCGAACCCAUCUUUCCGAAUCACUCCCCGCCGUAAGUUCCUAAGAACCAUCUCCACCAAAGAGCCCUCCUUCGCAGAGAUCUUCCCACCCACAAUCUCUCCACCUCGGUUGAGCAACCCGACUCUCCCCACGUCCCCACUCUCCUCCCCGCUCCGCCGCUUCACCGCCUCCAAGACCGCCGCCGCCGCCGUCGCCUCUGAGGCUUCCUACAGGUGCAUCUCCUCCCUCCUCAAGAAAGACGGCCAGAUUCUCUCGAUCGCCGUGUCGGGCAACCUGAUGUACACAGGAUCCGAGCAGAAUGUGAUCAGGGUUUGGAAGCUGCCGGAGCUCAUAGAGUGCGACCGGCUCAAGACCAAGGCCUCCAUGGCCAUCGCGCUGGCGGUGUCGAAUGACAUGGUUUACGCAGCGUUCGCCGACUUCAAGAUUCGAGUGUGGCGGAGGGUUUGGGACGGGAGAUUGAAGCACGUCCGGCUGGGGACGAUACCAAAGACCGGGGGCUACGUCCGAAGCUACAUUGCCGGGAAAGAUAAGAUGGUGAAGCACUUGGGGCCCAUAACCUCCCUCGCCGUCAGCACCGCCGACGACAUCCUCUACUCCUCCUCCGUUGACCGGACCGUCAAGGUGUGGCGCAUCUCUGACCUCCGCUGCAUCGAGACCUUCCACGCCCACCCGGAUGCCAUCAAUGCCCUCCUCGUUGCGGAGGACGAUGGCGUACUCUUCACUGCCUCUGACGACGCCACUGUCCGCGUCUGGCGGCGGGACCUCUGCGGCGGCUCCCGCCCCCACUCCCUCACUGUCACCCUCCCUGCCAAGCAAUCCCCCGUCAAGUCCCUCUCCCUCUCCCCUGACAGCGACGCCCUCUACGGGGGUUGCUCUGACGGUUAUGUCCAUUUCUGGCUCAAGGGCUGGUUCUCCGGCCAGCUCCAGUACGGCGGCUGCCUCCAAGGGCACACGCAUGCGGUGCUCUGCAUGGCGAGCGUGGGCAACGUCUUGGUUACCGCUUCGGCAGACUUGACUAGUCGGGUUUGGGCGCGCAGCCAAGACGGCCAACACUGUUGCCUGGCGGUCCUGGUCGGCCACAGGGGGCCGAUCAGGUGCGUCGCAGCUUACCAUGAAGGACCGAUGCCAUCGUCCUCUGGCGGGGCCGAUGGGGACGGUCAAUUAGGCAGCGGCGAUGAUCAUGAUCGCGAGGAUGGGUGCACGAUGAUUUGCACCGGGAGUCUUGAUGGGGUGUUGAAGCUGUGGAAGGUGACUAAUAGUGUGAACAGCAGCGCAAGAGAUUGUUCCUCUAAAGCUGGCACCGAUUACUUUGACAUUUGAAGAUCCUUAUUAAGGUCCAGCGAAGUCGAUCUCCUGUCGCAAGAAUGCCGACACCAAAGAACAAAUCUAACUGUAAAGAAUCAAAGAUUUCGAAGCUGACAUAUGAUUAACUAGACUGAUGGGAUGGUUUGGACUUGCUUGUGCGUGGCCUUUGCCUCUCUUUAGGCUGCCGGAGGUUGCAUCUCCAUGAUGGUGCCGGUAUCGCUCGAGUAACUUGUUCUUCCAUGCCGAGACCCCGGCGCCCUUGUCAAGCACCGGUACACCGAGAACAGAAUCACCUUGAGACCGAAGAUUAUGCACAAGAUGACCAGAGCAGAGACCACGUAAUCUUCGAAUGAGCGGCGAUGCUUGCACCCGAAGAAGGCUCCCAGACACACCAUAACUACGACGGAACGAGGUUUUCUUACGUACGAGGAACUCGAUCCUGCGAUGGCCCGUGCAAGAUAUUACUCGUGGUUGUAAGAGGGAGGAUGUUUGCCGGAGGAAGGCUGUAUUCUUGCCUUGGAUUCGCGACAACUGUUUGUGCUUGAUCACUUCUUUAUCAAGUUUGGUAUCGUUCAACAUAUGCAGGGUGAGAAGGUUGAA